ACCUCUCUUCAAGGUUCUAAAGAUACUGUCACACAGUUUGCCACCAUCAUUGGAUCUACUGAACAGCGUUGUUUCAGUUGUUGAACAAUGUUAAGAUUGGUUGUUGCGAUUGUUCUCUUUGCCACCACUCACCAAAUCUUCCUGGACUACAACGACAUAUCAGAGGUGACGUCCGAGAGUCUGGUGGGCUUGACCAACCUGCGAACUCUCUCACUGAAGCACAACACCAUAACUGCCAUUGUUCCCGAGACGCUGACAAAGAAGUACAGAUGGAUCAUUAACGCCGCCCGCACCCAUAGAGACCAGCACCGCAUUGAAAGCAGAUUUGUUGGUAGCAAUGUCGUCUUGCGGGUGUUUGGGGCCAGAGCCUUGCAGUUCUUCACAAACAAUAACCAUGACUAUGAAGUCGUCCAAGAAAUAAUGCAAAAGCAAACAGAACUUGGGAACGCCCUUGACCAAAUCCAAAGGACACAGGACCAAAUCGUCCAGCUCCUGCAACAACAGAGUCCAUCAUGUGAAGGGCCAACAUGCCAGAGUCUGGUACAAGGUGAUGCAGCACAAGCUGUCAUGGACAACCCAGCAUAUGACGUGUGGGCAACGAUGUUGCUGGCAUUGCCGGAAAGGAGUCACAUCAUGAUGGGGAACGACGUAUGGGUGUGGGCGGAGGACGAUCAGGUGGCCCGGCAGCUGCUGCAGCAGUCACAGACCUGGGUGUUGCAAGAUGGUCUCUCUCAGCCCAUAGAUCUCCCCUCUCUGGUCAGGAUCUGCGGCUCCACACACAUUGCCCACAAUGGAGGCAGUCUCCCGCCAUGUUAACAUAAUACAAAUUAUAAUCACAUUC